AAACGCAGAAACAAAACAAAAUUUAUUGACAGUGCGACUGGAUUGGAUACGCAAUAUUUUUAGCCGAAAAAAGUGAUUUUCCUCUCAAAAUUGCAUGAAACAGGAAAUUUACUGGAAAAAAUAGUAUUUAGCGAAGCAUUUUAAUCAAUAUAAAAAAGUUAUGCAAAUUAUUUAGUACGCACCAUGCCCACAACGGUAAACUUGCCUGAGAAACUUCCCGAUGCACGAGGUAAAGGGAAUACCGGCGGCGAAGAUUCCUCUUCCGCCAAUAAUGGUAACCCGAAGUCGAUGACUGAACCGCCAGACCCGGUGGUAACAAAGGCGAAGCCUGCCGGGAAAAAAGAGAAGAAGGACGGAAGUGGUAGCAAGCGUAACAAAAAGGCCAAAAAGGAUGCACCCAGGCCAUUGACUAAGGUGGUCAUCCGUCGAUUGCCGCCUUCGAUGGACGAGGAAACGUUUCGCAAGCAGAUCGAACCGAUGCCGGACCAUGACGACUUCUAUUUUGUAUCCGGCGAUUGGUCCCUCGGUCGGAAUGCUUCCUCCAGGGCGUACAUCAACUUUACCAAGGCGGAAGACAUCUAUCUGUUCAAGGACAAAUUCGAUGGGUACAUUUUUGUGGAUUCCAAAGGAGUGGAGUAUCCGGCAGUGGUCGAGUUUGCACCUUUCCAGGAACUGCCGAGGAACCGCUCGCGGAAGAAAGACGUCAAGUGUGGAACUAUUGAAACGGAUACCCAUUUCUUGGCAUUUAAAGAGGCGCUGGAAGCCGAGGAGAAGGACACAGCCGGCAAGAGCAAGAGUAAACUGGAAUACACCUACAAAAUUAAGGAUGAGGAAAAAAUUACAUCAACACCAUUAUUGGAAUACAUUGCGCAGAAGAGACAAGAGAAGCGUGACGAGAAACGUAAAAAGAAUGAGGAGAAAAAGAAGCAAAGAAAAGAGGAACGACAGAAAAAGAGUGGAAAAGCGGUUCCUGAAGCGAUAAAAGAAGAAAAAACGAAGGAGGAAGAGAUUGUGGUUCGAACGGUUCCAUCGCGACUGGAUCCUAAUCAAGGAAAGAAAGAUUUCGGAAAGAAGGAGAAAAUUGAGAUCGUUAAAGACGCAAAAGAAAAGGACAAAAGGCAAAGAAAUCGCAAGGAGAAAGAUAAGGAGCGUGUAAAACCGGAAAAAGAAGAGGGUGGUGAAGGAGAACCUGAAAAAGUUUUAAGUCGCAAGCAGGAACGAGACCGGCUGAGGAAGGAGAAAGAAAAGGCGAGAAAGCAAGAAGAAAGAGAAAAGAAAGCUUCCGGAGAGGUUCCGAAAAAAGAAAAGGAGACUAAACAAGAGCACAAACAGGAGAGCCAGUCUCAGAAACCUACUCCGGUUGAAGCUCCUAAGAAAGAAGUUAAAAAGUACAGCGAGCGAAGAAAGGAAACUCGUGCUCGGGCCGAAACCCGCCUCGCAGAACUUGAGGACAAGGACCGGAAGGAUGCUGCCACUGGCGAUGAGUUCAAAUCUAUCACUGUUCCCAAAGUAGACAUCAAGAAAAGCAUUCUAACACCGCAUGUAGCGCCAUUCAUCCCUAAAGAAAAAUCGACUAUCAUUCUAGGGGAAUCUUCUUUCACGCUUCCUCCGGCUUUUCCCCAAAAAUCCAAUCCCGUAACCCCUUCCCAACAACCAUCGGAAGACUUACCUCCGCCGCCAGCGAAAAAAGAACCGACACCGCUUCCAGAAACUGCCGCUCCGGAUAGCAGCAGCUCCGAACGAAAAGCGGACAUCGAUGAAAAGCUCAAGGAAGCACGUGAAGCGCGCAAAAUCCGUAACAAAGAUCGUCCUUCCAUAGAAAUUUAUCAGCCGAGAAAACGACUGAUGUCUAAUGGUGCCAAUGCUGCUGCUGGAUCUAAGGAAGGUGCCACCAAAAGUGAAGAUGACAACAAAGCGAAAGAAAAAAGCGAUUCGGAUCGUUCGGGAUCAGACAAAAGCGCUGCCGCGAAACCUGCACCGCACGGUGGAGCAAAGGACAAGGAAAAGAGGCACAAACUUACGAAGAAAGCCUCCGACAAGGAAAGGCCAAAGGACAGACGCGCCAGACGGAAGAACUCCAGCGAAGCGGAGAAAGAUUGUGAUGCUAGGAAGACUUCCAGAGAGGAACCACCUCCUCCGGCGGAACCGUUUCCCACUACUUCGACAACCGAGGAAAAGGCAACCCAGAAGGCAACGGUGACGGAAGUUGUGGAAGCACUAGAGGGCGUCAAACUGGAGGACUCGUAGAUUAUGGAUUCCUUUAUUAUGAUUAGAAUUACAUUUGCUUACAAAUAAAUAUACGUUCGACUAAUGCUAAUAGAA